AUUUGAAUAGCAGAAUUUGGCGCCGCAGCUGCUUCAGUCUUCUUCCCGCUCUCUGCUCCGUAGACAUGAACUGCCUGAACGUAGCCGAUGUCAUGCCCGGUUCUCCUAGCAAGAUCCGCGGUCAGAUCCAGGUGAUAUUCGGCCCCAUGUUUUCAGGGAAGAGUACAGAACUGAUGCGCAGAGUGCGGCGGUUCCAGAUUGCGCAGUAUAAAUGUUUGGUUAUAAAAUACGCCAAAGACACUCGCUACAGCAAGGAGCAGCUGGCCACGCACGACCGGCACACCAUGUCUGCCGUUUCUGCAUGCAAUCUAUCCGAUUUGUGUACGGAGGCGCUCAACUACUCAGUGAUCGGAAUAGAUGAGGGCCAGUUUUUCCCCGAUGUUGUGGAGUUCUGUGAAGAUAUGGCCAAUAAAGGGAAAACAGUCAUUGUAGCUGCACUGGAUGGUACAUUCCAGAGAAAGGCUUUUGGGGAUAUCCUCAACUUGGUACCGUUAGCAGAGAGUGUGGUGAAGCUGAACGCAGUGUGCAUGGAGUGCUACCGGGAAGCAUCGUACACUAAACGGCUGGGGGCUGAGAAAGAGGUGGAGGUAAUCGGAGGCGCUGACAAAUACCACUCUGUGUGCCGCCCGUGCUACUUCAGGAACAAACCACCGGAGGGGAAGGAGAAUCUGCAUCUCGCACUUAAGGACAGAGCCCAAGGAUUGAUAAUCAGUAAAGCCCUGACGCCCCGGAAACCCUUGUCACAGCUACAGUGCUCCUAAUCGUAAGCUCCCUACUCCGCAGUGGGGGAUCUGCUCAAAAGGUGACGCCAGGAGAUUCAUUUAAAGCCAUUUACUUGAUCAUGAUUGCUGGGAUUGGGUGCAGGCAAGGUGAACAUUUAUUUUAUUGUCAUAACUUCAUUUAGUUGGCUUCUGUUUUUGCCUGGGAAGUGACAGACUAUUGAUUUAACAAAAGAAUUGUUACUGUUAAGGGGAAGUGCCUCUUUGGGGUGCAUGAUCGCUGCUCUGAGGUUAGUAGUACUGUGUUCCUCCUAUGGUGAUUGAAGUAAUCGGUGACAGGUAUUGCUCAAAGGGCCGUAUACUAUAGACUGUAUACUAUCCUUAAACAUUGGUAUAAACCAGUGUUUCCCAACCAGGGUGCCGCAAAACUACAACUCCCAGCAUGCCCGGACAGCCUUCGGCUGUCCGGGCAUGCUGGGAGUUGUAGUUUUGCAACACCCGGAGGCACCCUGGUUGGGAAACGCUGGUAUAGACAGUAUAAAGUUGAAGUAAGCAAUACUCUGCUUUUUGACUUGAUCUAUAGAAGGCUGACAAUGUAGGGUUUCUGGAUAUAGGAUUAUCAUGUGGGGGCAGGGACUUUUUAGACUGUUCUCUUCUGGCUAAUGCCAGGAAACAGACUGCACAACAAACCAGGAAGCCGAAUACUCUAGGGAUGUAUAUACUGUUACUUGUAUCAUUGAUUAUAUGAUCACAGCAGAUCCUCUAUGGUCUGUAGAAGUAAGGAGUGCGGGGUUGUAACAUGUUAUGUGCAUUCUGGCUCCUAUACUGGUACAGCAGUGACUAAGCACUUAAACAGUCUUGAAUAGAUGGCAAUUUGCUUCCAUGAAGCUUGUUAUGUGGGUGGAAUGAAGGGACAGAUGCACUUGGAUAUAUAUAUUAUAUCUUAUAAAUAUAGAUCUGUCAUCGCCUCUAUAUUCCACGUGGUUACUUUUUUUU